AUGGAUGUUGAAUCGGCAACUCAGCGACCAGGCAGCGUAUCGGGAAACCCCGAUACGAAGAAUACUAUAUCUUGUGACCCGAUCACUCAGGAUUACAAAAACUAUAGUGAGUCGUGUUUAAAUUCGGGUCAGUCCCAGCCUAUCGAAUUCCAAGCUACUGGAAGCCGAGAUGAAGAGGUUUCUCGGGAGGUGACGGCAAGCUGCAUCGAAUCUGAGUCCUUGAAUGUGGAGUCUGAACCCACAGGCCUACAUGAUCACCCAGCAAACAAGCCUACUGACGAUGAAGUCAUUAUCUCUCCAGCAGGGCUUAUACCAGACUUGCCUUUCGAAUCCAUCUUCGAAAUUCACAAUAUAGAUAUUCAAAAUCAGUCGUUAGAAGAUGACGAAUGGAAGGGCGCCCACAAAGCACAAAAAGAUUUCUUUCCUAGUGGGGCAAUUGGAGCGCCUCCGACGAUGCCAACCGAGUCCCUUGGAGCUAUCAAUUACUCCCCUCGAAAGGACCUGCCCUCCUCUCAGGACAACAAAGCAUUGUUUCGCGCCUUUGCUCAGCAAAACUCCAACCUAGGUCAGAUCGAUCAACCAGAGCAUUUAACUCGCUCGAUAGCAGCAAAUAUUCAUGCUUCUAAUUUACAGACACCGAUAGUAGGAGAGCUUACAGAACCUAAAGACACUGUCUCAAGCCCAAGGCAAGAAAUCACGCAAAAUAACGAUAUCAUCAUAACGGAAAUACAUUCAUCUGAAGAUAUGAAGAACCCAUCGACUCCAGUGAGAAGCCAUGUAGGAAAGGCUACUCACAUUGUCACUUCAAGAAUAGGUACUGAAGCACAGAUUAAACCAACAAAUCCCGAUUACCUCACUCCCAAUGCGCCGGAAACUUCAUCAGAAUCCCAGCGUCUACGGAAGCGUCCCAUAUUUGACAAUGUAGAUUCUGAAUCUAGGGAGCUUAGGCGAUCAAGUACGCCAGGCCAUAACACUCAAGAAGCAGCUCCAAAACUGCCUGAGCAUCACCCGUCAGAUGUUAAUGAAACUGACAAUCACGGUUCUGGGUCGAUGGCCUGUGCCGGCACCACGCCUUCGGAGUUAACUCGCACUAUCACGCACAACAUUAGCAAUUCAGCUGUGAGGCAGCCAUCCCCAGCAACUUCAAAAGGUGAUGAUGAGCGCGGGUCGUUAGCUGUCGCGCCUCAGGCGUCGCCUCGCACCCCAUCUAUCCCAAAUAAAGAGGUACUUGCAGCCGAGCUCAAAGCUAUGCGCAUCGCGUCUAUUACAGCACGCAACACCGCACUCGCUGCCGAAGUAGACCGUACGCGUAUGAUUCUCGCCUCCCGUACCCAAGAGUUACGCGCUCCUGCUGCCGAUACUGUCCGCAUGCAUAUAGAGCUACUUCAUGCGUACAACGAGAUUCGCGAUGUAGGCCAAGGUCUUAUCGGUAUGCUUGCUGAGCAGCAGGGUGUGCGCAUAGGAAGUCUCUAUGAGAACUUUGGUGUUGGCAUCAAGGACUAG